AUGGGAUACAUCCAUGACCAAGACCUUCCCAAAAGGUUACCAGAUAUGAAUCUUGUGUCUGCACCAACGAAGACUACCUUGCCAAGUAGCGGUGUUGUCAAUGGAGAAGAAACAACUGGGUCCUUCCAACAUAUCAAUGAUCCCUUUAUGACUACUCCGUCCAAAACAGAAGCACUGGUAGAUUCGAUCCCAACAGAUAGCUCUUUUGCUUGGGGUUCUGAGGAUACGUCAUUCCCAGCGGCGUCGAUCUUCAACUUCAUUGAGAUAUCAAAGGAAGAGGCAGGCAUCUAUCAUGGGCUGUCACCUACAUUUCACUCACCUGUCUCAAACAUCGAUGAGGCCUGGCCGAGUACACAGCACUUCAGCAACUACUGGCCUGUCUUUGAACCUGUAACUCCUUUAGCAAAAGAAACAACACAUGGGCCCUUUUACUCUCAAUCAAAUACUCAAUUCUUCAACCGGCCCAUGCUAUCACCAGCGUCGACGAACACAGACUUGGAUCAGGAUUACCCAAUUCAAAUACAAGUCGUCUCUCCAACUUGUCAACCACACAGUCAAGUCUCAUAUCCGUUCUAUCCUGGGAACACAUACACUCGGCCUGAAAUGCUUCCAUACCAAGAGCAGGUGGUCCAUGCAGACCAAACAGGACCCCCGAAACCAGCCUCGUACUGCGACAAACGCAACUCGUUCCUGAUCGAGUGCAAACGUCGCGGUCUAUCCUACAAAGAGAUCAAGCGCCUAGGCGGAUUCAAAGAAGCAGAAUCCACAUUGCGAGGCCGGUUCCGCACUUUGACCAAAUCAAAGGAGCAGAGGGUCAGGAAGCCCAAGUGGGAGAAUUGCGAUAUCAAGCUUCUUUGUGAAGCUGUUACGCUCUGCAAGGAUAAAACAUCAAGUCCCCAUAGUCCGCUUCCAGACUCGACGGGACACCAGCCACCAAAGGUAUCGUGGAAGAAGGUUGCGCAGUAUAUUUGGGCCCAUGGAGGAUCCUAUCAGUUCGGGAAUGCGACCUGUAAGAAGAAGUGGUGUGAGAUUUAUGAUAUCUCUACCUAG